CAUCCUCCGCCGCCUCAGCUUCCCGAGCGAGCCCUGCGGCCGCCGGAGCAGCUCCCGCGGCGGAGCAGGAGCCGGAUGGUCAGAGGAGCCCGGCAGCCCCAGCAGCCGCGGAGUCGCCUGGCCCCCAGACUGACUGGCACAGUGGAGAAACCACCCCGAAAACGGAAAAGCAGGACUGAAUUUGCCCUUAAAGAAAUCAUGUCCUCUGGAGGUGCUGAAGAUGAUAUCCCACAGGGAGAAAGGAAAACAGUCACAGAUUUUUGUUAUCUUCUGGAUAAAUCCAAGCAGCUGUUCAAUGGAUUAAGAGAUUUGCCACAAUAUGGUCAGAAGCAGUGGCAGUCCUAUUUUGGAAGAACUUUUGAUGUUUACACCAAACUCUGGAAGUUCCAGCAGCAGCAUCGACAAGUGUUGGAUAAUCGGUACGGCUUGAAGCGGUGGCAAAUAGGGGAAAUCGCUUCCAAGAUCGGGCAGCUAUACUACCAUUAUUACUUACGCACAUCUGAGACCAGCUAUCUGAAUGAGGCUUUCUCCUUCUAUUCUGCUAUUAGACAAAGAUCUUAUUAUUCUCAAGUCAAUAAAGAGGACAGACCCGAGUUAGUAGUCAAGAAACUGCGAUACUAUGCAAGAUUCAUAGUAGUUUGUCUUCUUCUCAACAAAAUGGAUGUGGUGAAGGAUCUGGUAAAGGAAUUGUCAGAUGAAAUUGAGGAUUAUACUCACAGGUUUAAUACUGAAGAUCAAGUGGAAUGGAACUUGGUGCUUCAAGAAGUGGCAGCUUUCAUUGAGGCGGAUCCUGUAAUGGUGUUAAAUGACGAUAAUACCAUUGUUAUCACAUCUAAUCGCCUUGCUGAAACGGGAGCCCCAUUGCUGGAGCAGGGCAUGAUUGUGGGACAGUUGUCUCUGGCUGAUGCACUUAUUAUUGGUAAUUGUAAUAAUCAGGUUAAGUUCAGCGAACUAACUGUUGACAUGUUUCGGAUGUUACAAGCCCUGGAGAGAGAGCCGAUGAAUUUAGCUUCCCAGAUGAAUAAGCCAGGAAUGCAGGAAUCAGCUGACAAACCUACUAGACGAGAAAACCCCCACAAGUAUCUGCUCUACAAACCAACCUUCAGCCAGCUGUACACAUUCUUAGCAGCAUCUUUUAAGGAGCUGCCUGCCAAUAGUGUGCUUCUAAUUUACCUGUCAGCCACUGGCGUUUUCCCCACAGGUCGUUCUGAUAGUGAAGGUCCUUAUGAUUUUGGAGGUGUACUUACUAAUAGUAACCGGGAUAUUAUAAAUGGAGAUGCUAUCCACAAACGAAAUCAGUCCCACAAGGAAAUGCACUGCCUUCAUCCUGGAGAUCUCUACCCGUUCACAAGGAAGCCCCUGUUUAUCAUCGUGGACUCUUCCAACAGUGUCGCCUACAAGAAUUUCACAAACUUGUUUGGACAGCCACUAGUCUGCUUGCUUUCUCCUACGGCAUACCCAAAAGCUUUACAAGAUCAAUCUCAACGAGGUAGCCUCUUCACUCUCUUUUUGAACAAUCCUCUCAUGGCCUUCCUAUUUGUCUCUGGAUUGUCAAGCAUGCGUAGAGGCCUGUGGGAAAAGUGUCAAGAAUAUCUUCGAAAAAUCAACCGUGAUAUUGCCCAGCUACUGACCCAUUCACGUUCAAUAGAUCAGGCAUUUCUGCAGUUUUUUGGAGAUGAAUUUCUUCGUUUACUUCUCACAAGAUUUAUCUUUUGUUCAGCCACCAUGAGGAUGCACAAGAUUUUUCGGGAAACACGAAAUUAUCCAGAAUCAUAUCCACAACUGCCAAGAGAUGAAACAGUGGAGAAUCCUCAUCUCCAGAAGCACAUUUUGGAAUUAGCAUCCAUUCUGGAUGUUCGAAAUGUCUUCUUUGAAAAUACCAUAGAUGACUAUUAAAACCAUCUUGUUGAAACAAUUUUUCAUUUUCCACAGAUUUUAAAUGGUGCAGUUUUCUAAUGUGAUGACAGACACAUAGUGUGUUACUUAGUUUUUAUUUUUUAAUUUAGGACCACCAUUUUAAAAGGAAACAAAAAUAAAAUGUUCAAACUUUUAGGGUAACUGUUUUAAAAUGCAAUCUUUCAAGUCUUUUAGAAAAUCAAUUAAUCUUGUAAUUUUUAUGUUUUGGUUUUGAUGUAUGGAUACUUACUCAAAUAGUCACUGUUCUCACUCUGAGAAGAGUAAAUCAUUUAUUUUUGUAUAAUGAGAAAAAUCCAACUCCUGUACCUGGACCUUAAAUGUCCAGAUUUAAAAAACAUAUAAUUAUUCAUAAUGAUGAAACUGGCCAGCAUGGACUACUAAAAAUCAAGAUAAGAGUCCUUCCAUAAUAUAUCUUUUCAUUCCAAGUUAAUAGGUAGAAAAAUAUAUGAUUUUCUGAAGCAUGAUUAAGACAGUUCUUGAACUCAUUGACUUCUUUUAAAUACUGUCAAAUUUUCAGAAAUGGUGUAGGAUUGAUUUUCCUCUGAAAGCUGUGUCUUAGACUUGAGAUAAUAUUACUUGGGAAUAUCUGAGUACUGUGUUGUUAAGAGAUUUUUUUUUUUUUACAUAUUUUGAUUUCUUUGUAGUCUUUGAAUGCUGGAAA